UAUGCUUAUAGGUUCACCAAGUGUUGGAGUAGUACUAGUACGUUACUCGGUUUUCAAUUCGGUUCGUGGAUUGACGAUUGUUGUAGUUCAGUUUUGGGUUCUCGAAUAGUUCUUUUUUUACUGUAACGGUCGUGAUUUUUCGUCUUUUUGUAGGAUUUAAAGUUACUAUCGAUAUUGGCCAAUUCAAUACUGUUUGAAAACGUGACUAAAUACGUCUUGGUUUCAUCGAAUUCUCGAAGGAUCAAUUGCAGUCGUCGUGUUUAGACAAAAAACAGAAUCACUUUCGAAUAUUUUUGGCAUGCGAUGACAAAAUGAGUGCAGGAAUACAGAGAAACGACAUUCAACAAUAUUGCACCUUGGAAGAUGCUUCAGUUAAAUCUUUAUCAAAUAAUUAUAUGCAGUUCAGCCCCACAAGUUCGACAGAUUGGUGGGCACCUAUUAAAUCAGAACUUUGCUCGCCUAAAGACAGUUGGUCUUCGGAUUCGGAUAGCAGUCAGCAGACGCUCAUUGGCAAUGGUACCGAUGGCAGUUUACAAGAUAUGCAAAGUCCCGAAUACUCGCUCAGUUUAAGCUCAACAACCGAUGACUUAAAUGGUUCUAAAAAGAAGAAAAAGAGCAAAGAUACUCCCGCUGUUAAUAAACCGGCUCAAGUGGUCGCCAGACGUAACGCCAGAGAACGCCGCAGGGUGCAGGCGGUAAACGGAGCGUUUCAGAGGCUAAGGAAAGUCGUACCAAUCGAAGAAAAUAAAAGUAAAAGAAUGAGUAAAGUUAAAACGUUACAAUUAGCUAUCGAAUACAUUAAUCAAUUACAAGAAUUAUUACAACUUACCACUCAUCAUACGAACGAUGCAGAUUUAUUAGCAGAUAUAUUCUCAGAUUUUCAACAACAACAACACGUUAAAUUAGAAGCAAACGAAUAUACCACUUUCAGAGUACCAACAUCGUUUUAUAAUCAUUUAAUCGGUGAAAAUGGUGAAAAUUGACCAUCUCUAGUUAAAUAUGAAAAAAAUUCUUCCUAAUGGCGUAUUCAGAAAGAAAAACUCGAGUUUAAAAUGACGCACAAUGUAAUUGGUGCUUUCAAAUAUGUGCCUUUGUUUGUUAUUCGCAUUUCUUUUAUUGUUCUUAUUUUGUACCUAUGUUUUUUUUAUUUAAAUGGGUAAUCUUUUUUCUCCUUUAUAAUGUUCAAACUGCAAUAUCUACAUAUUCAAGUAUGCACGUAGGAAGAGUUGAUUUUGAAUUUCACUUUAUUGUGUAAAUUAUUAAGAUACUUCUAGUCAUUUUAUUUUUAUACAUUUUUUCAUCUUAUAUACGAUAUUUUUUUGUUAUAAUUCUUUUUGUAGGUAUUUUUUAUACUUUUGUAUGCCGCCUUUUUUUUGUUACUUAAAGAAACGUUUAGUAUAAAAGAAUUUCUAGUAUCUAAUCGGUAAUAAUAUUUUUAAGAUAAAAUUCAACAAAAUAUUCAUCUAUCUACUUAAAUUUGUUUCGCGACUAAAAUCUUUCAUAUAAAAACUUACUCAGGUGUAUCAAAAUUGUAGUUCCUAUGUACAUUUAUGAUGGCAAAUUUUUUACUUAUACUAUUUUUUUCACGUACUAUCGUAUAAUAAUUUGACGCGUGGAUCAAUUACUAACAUGGUUCAUUAAUGUCCGAAGCGUUCGGUAUUUGAAUGUCAAAUUUAGUUAAACGAUGUGGGUACCAUCAUAUUCAUUAUGCAGAAUUUAUAAUCUUGUUAAAUUUAACGUGCAAAAAAUUUCGCAGUAAUUUUCUUCCUGUCGUUGAUGUAUAUGUUUUGUUUUUUAUUUUUGUUAAUUAUUUAUUCAGUGUUCCCCCCGUUUGUACAUAACUUACUGUGAUUUUUGUUUAAAGUAAAUGUAUCGUGUCUACCUCUUCGCCUCUGUAUAUUGGCGAAUUUUCUACUUCGUUCUCAGGAAAUUAAGAACGUAAUGUUUGUUGUUAAUUAGUUUUUAAGGUCUUGGUAAUGUUCAGGUUUAUACAUUAGGUGUUCGUAAAUGAUGAUGAAUGUUCAAAAGUUUAAAGAACUCGGUUUUUUGAAAGUUUCCAUUUUGAGUUAAUUUAUUUGACCUUUUUUUUUCAACUUUCGAUUAUUAUAAAUAUAUGAUGUCUGAAGUAUUUAAGAAAUUGAUGUAAUAUUACGUUUUAAGUUAUCAAACGAAAAGACAUACAAUUAUAUGACUUCGGGAUAUUAGAUUAAUUUGUUUCCGUGUCGAAAUAAUUCUCAAAUAUUGUGCUUAGUAACUGAUUUUGUUGAUCCUUAACUUCAUGAAACGUACUUAUUAAGUUGAACAUAUACCUACCUCAAAUAUCUGAAAUAAUCCAAUAAUUAUUAUUAAGGUCGGUGUGGGUAAUUAUGAACAAGAUAUUUUCCUUACUUUAAAAAAAUUUCAACCAUAUGAAAUUGAUCCUUUAUCAGUCUUUUAAACUUCCAACUUUCAGAUAUUCUAUUCCAAAAAUUCGGUUUCACGGGCAAACGGGCUAAAUAGCUUUUCAAAACUGUUAAAAAUUACUAUUUUGAGGUCAUUUUCAAACAUGAGUGGGUAGAAAAAUGUUUAAAGCGUGUUUACAACUAUCCCAGUUAAUUUUUGAAAAUCAAGCUAAUUGUAAACACUUACUUUUCAAAAAAAUUGCUAAACAAUAAAAUUGUAAAGCGUGGAGGUCAUGCUGAGGAAAUAUUCAAGAAACACUGUUUACAAAAACGUCAGUAUAAAGAAACUGUCCAAAUGAAACAUCUGCGAGAUGAAUUUGGAAAUUACGAAAUUUUUAAGAGCCUAUUCAGAUUGCUCAGACUGCCCUUAUGACCUCAACUUCAAUUGUAGGGACCGAUUGACAAAUUGCAAAUAUCUGAUCAUUUGAAGCAGUUGAAACGAUAGUUUAAAAUCUCUACCUACUUGUUUUCUUUCAGAUGAUAUAAACACAUUUGGUGAAAAAAGUUUAUUAGAGUCGAAAAUAAUUCAUAAAAGAUACUAAAGAAACGAAAUUUUAAAAUUUGUUUACAAUUAAUUAUCCGCAUCGACCUCAAUUAUUUUGUUUUUUAAAUUUUUUUUGCAGUAGUUCCAGUUCCUUUCAUUUUGAUCCCAAAAUAUUGUUACAGUUACAGAUCAUGUUAUUUUAAUAUUUUUAAUACCAACAUUUUAGUUUGUUUCAAUUUUCUAACAAUAGGAAUAGAUCCAGUCAGUUCCUUUCAUUUUUUUAAAACAAAAAAAUAUUAGAUCAUGCUAUUUUAAUUUUUUAAACCCAGUCACCAUUUCACCAACAUUGAAUUGAAUUAAAAUUAAAAUUAAAUUUUGUAAAUUAAUUGACAAUUGUAUCUUCCUUAUAACGGGUAUUUACGUUCCUUUAGUAAUGAUUCUUUGGUUUGUUUGAAUGCUGAUUCGUUCAAGCAGAAUUAAACGAAUCAUUCAUUAUUUUUAUUGAACAUUACCGACUACCUCAAAGUCCAAAAAGUUGUUCGCUCGAAAAAAAAAUUCGCGCCUUUCAAUUUUUUUCAAAUAUUUCUUCGAAGAUCUUCGAAGACGUUUUGAUUUUUCAUUCACUUUAAUUAAUUAAAAUUGAUUAUAGUUUGUGAUUGAAUUAUGUUAAUUUGGUUUAAAUUCUUUCCACCUCGAAUUCAGCAUUCCGGCUGGUUAUAUUUUAUCAUUCUACCUCAUUCUAGUUUCUAAUUAUUCUUGUUAUUACUUACCAAAAAGAGAUCCCUUACGAUACAUUUAUUUUAAAAUGGUUGAAAAUCUUCCAACUCCUGCUGUUUUGUUUCCUUUUUAAUGAAUUGUUAUGUUAGACAUUUUCUUUUAUUAUGUUUCCACGUUGGUUAUCGAAAAACAGUGAUAUAAAAGUUAUAGGUACUGCAUAGUUUAUCAUUUGCUCAAAAUUUUCAUGAAAAUCUAUACAAAAGAUUAAAAGAAAAAAUCCUUUCGACUGAUCUCGACUUUAUUUUGGUCAUUUUUGUAUGAAAAAUCAUUCCAAAGGUGUUAUCAGGGAAGAGCAUUAUUAUGCAGUGACAAGUUUGUUAUUUUAGUUUAAUUUCCACUUUCCAGUGUAUUUAUGUAUAAAAUUGUUAGCAAAUGUAAACAAUGUAUAUUUUCGUUGAUGAAGACAAUUUUUUAGAAAUAUAUUUUUACUUUGAAA